AGGUGCUCGAGACACGUCCCUCUGUGUUCUGAGGUAUAUUCCAAAUAUGGCGCUCUCGAUCUCAGAGUUCAAGAGGAUCGUGACUACGAGCUAAUGGCCUCGGGCGAAGAAGUUGAAGGUGCAUCGAACACUUGAGCAUGCUUCUAAAUGUCCGGUGGCACCAAAUCAUUCGAAAAUGGCACCCUCGAAAGCUUUAAGGAGACGUGAGGCCCCGAGGUCCCCUUGAGCUCACGAGUUCAAGGGGCAGGCGACGUCACCAAACUCGCGAACGAGGGUAGCGCAGUGCAGUCAGUGUGCAGAGUCCUACGAGUCCAAUCCUCCGAAAGAGUUUCGAUGACGACGGCCUUUGCCCGAGGUUUGGAGUCCGGAUAUUCGUGACUGGAAUCCACCCGUCGGAUUUCUUCUCGCGUGCACCUGGCGGGACGAAAUCGCAGCCCCGCAGGGUUGGCCGGGAGGAAGCACAUUGCUCUCGCUCGGCUCUCUCUGUCUCGCUGUUCUAUGGGCGGGGUCGGGCGAAAUCAGGGAUGCCAUGAACGGCUGCAGCUCGUCGGGAGAUCAAGAAAGCUGUCUCGUUUCCACCUCGAGAAGUACAGUGGCUCCGAGAACCCUUCACCUCCCGAGGAAGUGGGCCUCGUGCGCCGAUUUCGAAUGCUGUACAGCGUAGUCAGCACCGCGGACACUGAGUUGCUGUGAAAUGUCAGAAGCCUUGAUCCCGCAAGCGUCGUCGUCGUCGUCGUUCUCGAGGGUAGGAAACUUUGGCUUGAACACGGUGCGCACGGCACCUUGCAGGAGGAGCUCCACCACCAGCGCUAGAAUAGCCCUGUGUUGGUUCGAGCUCUGUUCUGUCGAGGCGAAUUAGGUCUGACGGUCUCGCGACGUGAUUUCGGUCUUCAGACGAGCGCACGGUAUCGAAGGGAGGAAGGGAAGGGAAGGAGGACGAUCACGAUGACGAGCACGAAGGUGUUCGAGUGUUGUCGCCGUUGCAGAUGGUGAGUUGAGAUUGACUGAACAUGCGCGUCGGCAUUGGCGGAAGCUGUGAUCUAGUUUGAGGACAAGCGCGGGGAGAGAUGGAUAUCAAGUCCGUGGUACCAUCGCAGUUGAUUUCCGAGAGGGGGUCGGACGUCGUGGUGAUCAAUUUCGGAUCUGCGAAUUUACGAGUGGGCAUCGCAACGCAGCAGACGCCCGUCGUCGUACCUCACUGCAUCGCGCACCAUCUUCUGGUCAAGGAACAAGGCAUCGAUGGCGAAGAGGCGAGGGCCAAGGGGGCUGUGGGCGAGCGACUCGAGGCUCCCCCUGCAGCAGCCAGGAGACCCGAGCGCGAUGAAAUUUGUCAAAUGGUUGAGUUGCAACUCAAGAUGAAACCCCUAAACCCUGACUUCGAAGCUCUGUCGAAGGAUGAUGGACUGAGGUCGAGGAGUAUUGAAGUGGACGACGAUAAAUUCUUCCACUGGACGCAAGUGAUGGGCGAGGAGUCGGACGAUGAAGUCGACGGACCACUCGCCUCGACGAAAGCUUCGCCCGCAACAACAAAUGUGGUCAAAGACGAGUCCGAAAGCUCUUCUCUGGCUUCAGAAGAGAAGGGUGAAGGCGAAAAUGGUCAGGAAUUGGAGGAGGACAAGUCGGUGAAAGCUGAGGAAGACGAGGAAGAAGUUGAAGACGAGGAAGAAGAGGAAGACGAGGAGGAAGUUGAAGACGAGGAAGAAGAAUUAGAAGAAAAGCGUGACAUUGUGGAGCAACCGGUUCCCGACGAGAAUGACGAUUCGGUCAAGGAGUCCCCCGACGAUAAAGAAAUCCCCGACGACGUCCCGGCAGAAAUUGCUGCUUCAGAAAAGGGGAGCCAGGAAGGAUCCGACUCAGGCAUCCAUGUCGAGGUCAGACUGACAGCAGACGAGCCAAUGCUCGAUUCCGCGACUUGCGAAAAUCGCAUCGCCAGCGAGAAAAAGCCCAAGUACCGAAGAUUCAUUUGCGGGGAAGAAGCUCUGAGAAUCCCUGCGACCGAGCCCUACGUUUUGCGGAGGCCCAUCUGCCGAGGUCGCUUCAACAUCUGCCCUCGCUACUCUCUGCAGCAGGUGUUGGACGACAUGUUCUUCAUAUGGAACUGGGUUCUUACGGAGAAGCUGUCGCUGGAUGCUGAAACCAGGCAGCAAUUCUCAGUGGUGUUGGUCAUUCCGGACACCUUGGACAACCGAGAGAUCAAGGAGCUGCUCACGAUUGUGCUCAAGGAUUUGAAAUUCCGUGCAGCUGUAAUCCAUCAGGAAUGCGUGACCGCGACCUUCGGCAACGGAAUUUCAUCCGCCUGCGUUGUGAACAUGGGUGCCCAAAUCACAUCGAUCGUCUGCAUCGAGGACGGCGUGGCUCUGCCCUCGACUCGGAUAGUUCUCCCUUUCGGGGGCGAGGACAUAUCCCGCUGUCUCCUCUGGGUGCAACGACGGUGGCAGACCUGGCCCCGCAUCGACACCGACCCCUUGCACGACUCCCUGGAUCUUCAAAUGCUCGAGCGCAUCAAAGAAGAGAGGUGCGUGAUCGUGGAGGGCGAGCAGCAGGCGGUGGUGGACAUUUACUAUCGACAAGCAGGCCAUCCGACUCGUGCGUACAAGGCAUAUCUGAAGGCUUUGUGCGUGCCCGUGAUGGGGCUCUUCUACCCAACUCUCCUCGCACCGGAGGAGUAUCCGAGCUUGCGGCCCUGGUUCUAUGUGGACCACGAGGACGUGCUCGAUGAUUCGUUCCAUGCCGAAACAUUCAAGAGGCCUGAAGCUGUGGAAUCAGCCCCCGUUGUAUUUGGAAACAACGGUGGCGGGCUGGCGAUGGCGUCCAAGCCGGAUUUUCCCAUGGAGGAUGUGGACGGUAAGGCUGCACUGAGGACGGACGAGCCUUCUCAUGGCCUCGCGCAGGCUGUGGUCAUCAGCAUUCUCUCGACCGGUCGAGCAGACAUUCAGAAGAAACUGUUCGCCAGCAUCCAGCUCGUGGGCGGAGUGGCACUCACCAGGGGCUUGGUCGACGCGGUGGAGGAAAGAGUUUUACACGGCAUCCCGGCCCACGAAGCUGUCGACACCGUCGCAGUGCUUCAGAAUCGUACAGACGCACCUCUGACGUGCUGGAAGGGCGGAGCGGUGCUAGGAAUUCUAGAUUUUCAGAGGGAGGCUUGGGUUCAGUCCGACGAGUGGAUCACAGGCGGUGUACGCAUAGGCAGUGGUAGAAAGUACAGAGACUCCGUCACUCUGCAGUCCCAAGCGUUUUGGUACGGUACGAAUCCAGAAUGAGCCUGCGAGGCAGUUAGGAUCCGCUUUUCCUUAGAGAGUAAAGUUUUGUCACUGAAGGUAUCCAUCAGUCAAACGCCAUUGUAGAACUGGAAGCCUAGGUUAGAUGCACAUGGUACGAUUUCUGGAAGGAUACCUUGUCAAUAUGUAAAGGAAUCAACUUGAGACAGGAAAUCAGUCUACUCAAUCC